GGUUAAUGUCAGUGAUGGCAGACAUUAGACCAAAGAAUGAUUUGGGUCAUCCUUUUUGUGAUAAUUUAAGAUCUGGAGACUGGAUGAUUGAUUAUGUCAGUAAUCGUCUGAUUUCACGUGCAGGAGCCUGUGCAGAAGUUGGUAAAUGGUUGAAGGCUAUGUUUGUCUACCUAAAGAGAAUUCCACGUUACCUCAUCCCAUGUUACUUUGAUGCCAUAUUAGUGGGUGCCUAUACAACACUUCUGGAUGUGGGAUGGCAUCAGAUGUCUAGCUUUGUGCAGAAUGGAUCAACGUUUGUUAAACACCUUUCCUUGGGUUCAAUCCAGAUGUGUGGGAUAGGAAGAUAUUCUUGUCUGCCAGAUCUAUCUCCUUCCCUACAUGAUGUUCCCUAUAGGCUGAAUGAGAUUACAAAUGAGAAAGAGCAGUGUUGUGUUUCCUUGGCAGCUGGUUUGCCUCACUUUUCUUCUGGAAUUUUUCGCUCCUGGGGAAGGGAUACCUUUAUUGCACUGAGAGGCCUCAUGUUAGUUACUGGGCGCUAUCUAGAAGCAAGAAACAUCAUUUUAGCAUUUGGUGGGACUUUAAGACAUGGUCUCAUUCCCAACCUACUUGGGCAGGGGACACAUGCCAGAUACAACUGUCGUGAUGCUGUAUGGUGGUGGCUUCAGUGCAUCCAGGACUACUGUAAAAUUGUGCCAAAUGGAACAGACAUUCUCAGGUGUCCUGUUUCUAGGAUGUAUCCAAGAGAUGACUCUUCUCCUCAGCCCCCAGGCACUGUGGAUCAGCCACUUUAUGAAGUAAUACAGGAAGCAAUGCAACGCCACAUGGAAGGCAUAAAUUUCCGCGAAAGGAAUGCUGGUCCGCAGAUAGAUCAAAACAUGAGAGAUGAAGGUUUUACUGUAACUGCAGGUGUUGACAGUGAGACUGGCUUUGUCUUUGGAGGGAAUCGCUUCAAUUGUGGCACUUGGAUGGAUAAAAUGGGAGAAAGCGACAGGGCUCGCAACAAAGGAAUUCCUGCUACUCCACGAGAUGGCUCUGCUGUGGAAAUCGUUGGCCUGUGCAAGUCGGCUGUUCGCUGGUUACUGGAUUUAUCUGGGAAAAAUGUGUUUCCAUUCCGUGGAGUCACUGUGAAAAGACAUGGAAAGGAGGAGACUAUCACGUAUGAUGAGUGGAACAGAAAGAUUCAAGGACACUUUGAAAGGCUGUUUUUUGUCUCUGAGAACCCAGCAGAUCCUAAUGAGAGACAUCCAAAUCUUGUCCACAAACGUGGAAUUUAUAAGGACAGCUACGGAGCUUCAAGCCCUUGGUGUGAUUACCAGCUCAGGCCAAAUUUUACAAUAGCAAUGGUUGUGGCCCCUGAGUUGUUCACACCUGAGAAAGCUUGGAAAGCUCUGAAGAUAGCAGAGGAAAAGCUGCUUGGUCCAUUAGGCCUGAAAACCUUAGACCCAGACGAUAUGGUUUACUGUGGAGUAUAUGAUAAUGCUCUUGACAAUGACAACUAUAACGUAGCCAGAGGUUUUAAUUAUCACCAAGGACCUGAAUGGCUGUGGCCAAUUGGGUAUUUUCUUCGUGCCAAAUUGUACUUCUCAAAGUUGAUUGGUCCAGAGAUAUAUGCAAAAACUGUAGUUAUGAUUAAGAAUGUUCUUUCUCGCCACUAUGUUCACCUUGAAAGAUCAUCCUGGAAAGGGCUUCCAGAACUGACCAAUGAAAAUGGACAAUAUUGCCCUUUCAGCUGUGAAACUCAAGCCUGGUCAAUUGGUGUUAUCCUUGAAAUCCUUUAUGACUUGUAAAAGUGUAUUUUAUUGGAUUAGAUGAAACUUCUGUGGUCUUGUUACUGGGCAUAAAUGAACACUUGGCUUAUACUGCAAGGGAAAUGUCCUCUUCUGCACAAUCACUUAAGCUGUGUCCUGACUUUCAGAGAUGCUGGAUGCCAACAGCUUCUAUAUCCUGUCACUGUGUGGGGCUUG